GUCGGCAAAUUUAUAUUUUUUCGUUGUCUCAGCGCCGUAACUACAAACAAAGCGCCAAAUAUUCACGAAAAUCCCAAAUUCACACACAAAUUGACGACGUUUCGCAUGGGGUUAUCGCAAAGCGUGCGAGAGAUGCGGAAUUGUGACUUGUUCUAUACUACAAACGCUACAAACAGUUGUUCUCAAACUUUUUCUCAAGCACACGCAAGAUGAGACGCUGCAGAAAGUUCACACUAAUUGAGCUAGAAUUUGAGAUAUCUUUUAGGACAUCCUCAAUUAAUUAGCAGUGCGCGAAGAAAUACUUUCGGUGAAGAUGUUGACUACUUUCUGGCCAGUGAUCAGUGUCCUGGCGCUCCUGAGUGUCGCCACGGCUGAGAGGGCGGCCAGUACGGAGUUGCGAGACGAUGCUAGAGAUAUGUUUGAGCCUCGUCUCGCCAUCACAGUGAGUGCAAAGCAUCACAGAGUGGAAGUGUCGUGGUAUUACUCCAGCUAUGAGGUGGGAGACAUCAUCGUGGUGACGAAUGAGGUGCCAAAUGGGAGCUUUCGCAGGAAGAACAUCCAGGAGCCUGUCGUGGAGGCUGUGCGGGAGGGCAGUGGACUGUCUGAGGCGGGAAGUGGUUCGGGAAAUGGAGAUCUUUACGAGCCAGGACUGCUGAGUGUGAUUCCACUGUUUGAUCCUGUGAGCAGUUACGAGGAAGUCAAGAAGCGAUCAAGGAAUGUGCGCAACAACAUCAAUUGGCAAUAUGGGCCGAACUACAGAGACGUCCUCGUCGAAAUGUAUCCCCAGGACAAACAAGGAUGGGCCACAACAGAUAUCAUCUUUGAUCGUGAUCUCGUGAGGCAAGUGAACAGAAACACCACUUGUUACGGAUAUUGGGCGACAAUUCUGCGCAAAUCAGGAAGAAUCCUGAUGACUAGGUGCUUCCGCGCCUUUCCCACGUGGAUGAACGAUUUGCGUCGGAAGAUUGAGAACCUGCGCUUCAAGGAUCUCUUCAUUCCCGGCACUCACGACUCCUCCUCAUACAUGGACAACUUCCAUCCACACAACGAGACCGUCGUGACCAAGUACUCGCUCACGCAGGACGACGACAUUCGCACGCAACUGCUGCACGGCAUCCGAUACCUGGACAUACGCGUGGGUUACUAUCGCGCCUCGAAGCCACAAUUCUGGGCCAAUCAUGGCAUAUCGAGGCAGCAUCCGCUGCAGGAGAUCUUGCAGCAGAUCAAGGACUUUGUGCAGGAGACAAACGAAAUUGUGAUUGUGGACAUUCAGGAGUUUCCAGUGGGAUUCGGCAAGACCAAGGAUAUCCACAGGCUUCUGGUGAAUUUUCUACAGCAGGAACUCAAGGGUUUCCUCGUUGAACCCGGUCUCACAUGGCGAGGGACUCUCAAGCAAAUGUGGUCGUCCAGGAAGAACAUCGUCCUGGCGUAUGACAAAUCAUCCGUGGUGUACGAGUUUGGAUCCAUCCUGUUUGAGUCUGUGGAGCAACGAUGGCCCAACAAGCAGACUCUGGAUGAAUUGAGGCGACACAUGACCUUCUCCAGGAAUCAAAUGACUGGGAGCUUCGGCAACCGCCCGUGGGCGGAGAUGGCAGAACUCACGCCCAGCGCUUGGGGAGUCAUCACGGAUCUCUAUGGCGGACUGCGAAGGAUGGCCGACGAUGUGAAUCGCCACGUGUCCAGGUGGUACGCGAGUGACUUCGGGGCAGGAGCCAACGUGGUGGCGCUGGAUUUUUACCGUGGCACCACGAUCAUCGAGACGGCUCUGCGUUGGAACGCCAUAAAGACUGUUUCAUGAUUGAAUUUCAAAUAAACUCACCUCUGAGCAACUUUUCCCCUUUACACACACAC